AUGGAUCUCCAGGACGUUUCUGGAGAUUUAGGGUCUAUGAAAACACCGUCGCCAUCAGUCGUUCUUCCGUGCAUUCCACCCGAUAAAGACAAGCGUAACAAGCCCAUGGUGGAAAUCCGCAUUAUACAGCUGUUCGGCGUCAAGGACUGCAAAAAAAUUAGCGCUGCAGCACAAGGUGGAGAAAAUCUCCUGGUCGCAUAUGGAGGAGUUUGUCGUUCUUCACACGGCUUCCAGUGGGAUCCCACAGGACGCUACCUCACAGCAGUCACGUCCUCUUCGAAUGCCGGAAACAGGAAAGAUAAUGGAUUUACACUGUAUUCCUUCCAAGACCGCUAUACGCGUAAUGGGAAAGUGGAUGGAUUGAGUAUGUUGGGCUGGCGACCGAAACCCGCCCCUUCGAUUCUCCCGGUAGAGAAGCUUAAGGACAUCAAGAAAAAUCUAAAGGAAUGCGCAUCGGAAUUUGAAAUUAAGGAUCGGUUGCUGGCAUUGAAGGCGUCGAAGGAAGUGUCGGAGCGGCGAAAACGCCUGGUGACAGAGUUCACUGAUUUUUUGACGACAAAACUGCGCUACUUGGAGCAAAAACGAGUGGCACUAGAACGAGGCUACAAACUAGGCGACAGAAUGUGUUGUGUGCCUGCGCGGAAGCGGCUGCGGGCCGAGGCACACCGGUCGGCGUUGGCCAGUUGGCGCGUCCUCCGACAUGGACACGUCACCGCUAGCGGACAAAAAUUUUUUUACAUUAUCGAGUUUUUUCGAGGAGGUCGGUGGUCUGGCACCCACGGCAGAGCUGGCUCCCUCCAAGUUGGAAGAAGACGAGAAUGGAGAAAAGUUUAUACGUGUGAUUACGGUGGAUGUGGAGUACGAUAUUCCUAGUAUUGCCGAGUCCGUGUGAUUGGGUCAGUGCGAUUGAAUCAUUACUCUUUUUUCUGCGAUAGAGAAGUAUUUUUUGUUUAUUUCGGAUCUUCAUUUAUUGUUGUUAGUGUUUUGUUAUGUUUUGCCAUGCGGUUACGAAAUUAUCUUUUCUGUGAUCAAGAUUUGUCGUCCAGAAUAAUUUUCCGGAAUUUUUUUAAUUAAGUAUAUUUCAUAGAAUUUUGGUUGCAGCUGCAGUUCGUACUACCUAGUAAAGACUGGAGAGUAAUAUAUGAAUUAUUUGCACUGAAACAGAUGCGCAAGUA